AUGUCAAAUACUACAGUUCCAUCAAUUGAAACAUUACCAGUGGAAAUAUGUCAUCAUAUAUUCGAUAAUCUUGAUGUAAAAACAAUCUUAUACUCAAUUCGACCAGUAUCAAGAUUAUUUCUAUCAAUUGUUAAUACUUAUAAUCGAUAUGUUUUGGAUUUGAAUUUGAUUUCAAAAUCAAAUUUUUAUCUUUUUUGUCGAUUAAUUCAUCCUCAAAAUAUUAUUUCACUAACACUUUCGAAUAAUGAACGAACAUCAGAUCAAAUAGAUUUGUUUAUAUCACUUGUUCAUCUUCGACAAUUUACUCGACUUCGUUCAUUAACUCUUCUUGAUAUUGAUGAAUCGCAAUUAAACUUCAUUUUGAAAAGAAUCAAUCUUAAUUUGCUCCAUUCAUUCUCAUUGAAUAUUAGACAAUAUGCUAAUAAACUCAUAGCAACAACUCUAGCUCUUCUUUCAUCAACUAUGGCACAAACAGCUCUUCGAAAAUUGGAAUUCGUUACGUGGGAUAGAAUGCCAAAGAUUUCAUGGCCCAUCAAUAGUAUAACUGAGUAUUUGACUGCGAAUAAUCGCAUAAAUAUAGAUGAUCUUUAUACAAUACUUCAAUGUUCUCCACAUUUAAAUACACUCAUCAUGAGCGAAAUUCCAAAAGGAAUGAUUAAUAAUUUAACUUCAAUAUGUUUUCGACAAUUAACAUCGUUAACUAUCAAAAAUCUUUCUGUCACCAUUGAUGAACUUGAAUUAUUUCUCUUAUUGACAUCAUCACUUGUUUAUUUAAAAUUAAUUGGUGUAGGACAAAUGUUGAAUGGUAAACGAUGGGAGCAAUUUAUUGAAAUAAAUUUACCUGAACUGAACAAAUUUGAAUUUUAUUUCGAUGAAUGGAGAUUAACUCGCCAAACUUCUACAGAUAUCAAGUUAAUUAUUGCUUCAUUUCAAACAUUGUUUUGGAUUGAACACAAAAAAUGGCUUGUUGCUUCAAAUAUUACAUCGAUAUCUGAAUUAUCAUCAUUAUCAUUUCCAAUUGAAAAUAAACGAACUGAAGAUGUUUAUAUUAAUUAA